AUGUCAUCAAAUCAAUUCACUUUGGCGUCACCGCCAACCGACGCCAUCUCUGCGCUCAAAUUCUCACCCGACCCUAAUUCAACCCGGUUGGUGGUGUCGUCAUGGGACAAGAAUGUCUAUUUAUACGACCUUCGCGAUGAGAAUGGCGCAGUGGGGGAAGGAAAGCUACUGCAGAAAUUUGAACAUCGUGCGCCUGUCCUCGACGUUUGUUUUGGCGAGAAUGAAAAUGAGAUCUACACGGCGGGCCUGGAUUGGGACGUGCGAAAAAUCGAUCUGAAUACAUCGGAACAGACCGUGCUGAGCAGUCACGAAGCCGGAGUCCGCAGCGUGGUCUACAGUCGUGAACACAACCUCGUCAUCUCCGGUUCAUGGGACUCCACCCUCCAUGUGCAUCGGCCAGAUGCAGGCGCGAACACGCAAUCCGUACCGUCGACAAUCCCUCUCCCCUCCAAACCCUUCUCUCUAUCUCUGACCGCGACCAAGCUUGUUGUCGCGAUGGCCUCGCGCGCCUUACACAUUUACGAUUUGAAGUCAUUGGCUCUUCUCACUGAGCAGGCCGAUGGAGAUACCGUGGAAGGAAACAAAGUGGAACUAGAGCCCUGGCAACGGCGGGAGAGCAGCUUGAAGUUCAUGACUCGCUGCGUCGCAUGCAUGCCCGACGAUGCGGGGUACGCCUCCUCCAGCAUCGAAGGUCGCGUGGCGGUGGAAUGGUUCGAUCCCUCACCCGAGUCGCAGGCUCGCAAGUACGCUUUCAAAUGUCACCGCCAGACCGCCGAGGACGGCGUGGAUGUGGUCUACCCCGUGAAUGCGCUUGCGUUCCACCCGAUCUUUGGCACAUUUGCUUCCGGUGGAGGGGAUGGGGUGGUGGCGCUGUGGGAUGGGAUCUCGAAGCGCCGUAUCCGCCAAUACCAGAAAUAUCCCUCGAGCGUGGCCGCCCUUGGGUUCAGUGGCAACGGAAAGUAUCUGGCCAUUGCCAUUAGUCCCGGGUUUGAAGAUGGUCAGGAGGACCUUUCGGAGGGAGUCGUCAAAGUCAUCGUGAAGGAACUGGGCGAGACAGAAGCCAAGGCCAAGGGAGCCAAAUAG